AUUUGUGUGUACUGUGUCGAUCUCAGUACGCGAGUUUUCGCCAAACGACUCGCUCUGUUAACGAACGCCACGAUGACGAUCGAGAACAGGUAAAACGCCAUUUAUAGAGGAGGUGCCUAUGAGCUUAUGUUGUAUAGACGACGAUCAUAAUACAUAUUAUAAUUGAGUGGGUGCAUGUGCAUAAUAUAUUAAAAUAUAGUUUGACAGAUUUAUUAAUAGAAUCGUGUAUGUCGUGUGUAUAACGGAAACGAAUUACACGCGAAUGUAUGUGCGUGUAUUGUUAUUUUUUCAAAAUUAGUUCGCGAAAAUGCAACACGUUAAACCAUCCGCGAAAGGCGACCCGCUAUGUCCACUCGGAUUCCAUCCGCAAGUCCGUUGGCCAACCAGAUGCAAACGGUGUUUCAGGGACUAUAAAGAUCAUUCUAAUAGGAAUAAGGAUAAUGGGAAGUCAUCACUUAGAAAAGAUGAUACUACACUAUCGACUCCGUCUUUAAAUAAUGAGGCAAAUGAAUCAAUAAAUUUAAAAAAUAUGUCAUCAGAUAUGAUAACAAGCAAUAGUAAAAACUAUUUUAAAAUAGACAAAGGUUGUGGACCUAGUCGAAAGACUACAUCAUGGACAUCGACGCCAGACUUGACAACACUUUCAGAUAAUAUUACACCUCAAAUUGAAAAAAUAGAAGAUGACGAACAAGCAAUUCCAGAAUAUACAGUUCGGAGAAGAUCAAAUCUUUCACGCAAUGAUUCUGUGGAUGUACAUAGUCCAAGAAAUAGCUACAAUGGAGAUAUCGCCCAAUAUACACCGGUGCAUAUGAAAUCAAUGCCAAAUUAUGAAAAUAUGUAUAAUGAUGAUGAAGAUACUAUUAGUUUAGCUGACUCUGAUACUACGACUGAUACUUAUGCUACUAUUAUAAAUGAAGAAGAUUUACAUGAUCAAGUUAUGCAUUUAAAAGCUGAAUUAAAAUUGACCAAGGAAAAAUGCGAGAAAGCAGAACGAGAAAAGAGUGAUAUUUUACUUAGACGGCUAGCGUCUUUAGAUACUACUCCGACAUCUCGUACAACAGCUACUGAAUUGUUGAAGCACCAACAAAAAAUAAAUGAUUUGAAAUCUACUUGUGAAAGUCUCAGUGAUGAAAAAAGAAUGCUUACACAACGUGUUCAUGAAUUAGAAAUUGAAUUCAAUAAAAACAAGAAUUCUAAAGUGAAGUCAGACGAUGUUCAAUUGAUUCGUUCUAAGUUAAUAGCUGCUGAAACUAAAAUUGAGGAGUUGACAGAAGAAAACAAUGAUUUAAAUAAAGAGAUACAUAAUAUGGAGCAAGAGAUGAGAGAUAAUUUUCGAGAAGAACAAGAUAAUGAAUUUAUUAUGCUAAAAAGAGAAUUUGACCAAGUUUCGAAAAAUUGUCGAAUUUUAGCAUUCAAGUUAAAAAAAGCUGAGAGAAGAAUGGAAGAGUUAGAUAAUGAAAAAAUUGAAAAUGACAAAAAAACUAAAGAGUUAAUAGAACGAUUACAAGGUGAUUUAGAAAAAUCUAAAUCAAAUGUGUUACAAGGGGAUCAAAAAAAAAGACCUAUGUUGGGCAUGAUACCUAAGUCUGCAUCUGGAGAAAGAGUUUCGAGAGAGUCAUUAACUCGAGGUGAUUCCCAAGAAGAUCCUGUCCAACUUCAAAGGGAUUUACAAGAUUCAAUUGAGAGGGAAGCUGAUAUGAGAGAACAGUUGAGAUUUUCUGAAGAAGAAGCUAAAAUGUUAAGGAACAAAGUAAGUCGUUUAGAAGAAGAUAAUGAGUCAAUGGUGUUGCAGCUCAAGAAAAUGGCCACAAAAACAAGUUAUCGUCCAACAAAUAUUACUGAUAGAGAUGAGGGUAUUUCAGAUGUCGAAGAUGCAACAGAAUUAAAAUUACUUCUUGAGCUUAGUGAACAAGAAAUUACAGUGCUAAAAAGAAAAAUAGAAGAAUUUGAAGUAGAAAAGGAUCAACUGAAAGCUAAAGUUUUAGAAUAUCAAACAAAAUUAGCAUCCAAAAAAACUUAUAAGCCAAUAUCAAAACAAGCACAAACCAAGACUAAAGAGGUUAAAGCUGAUUUUGAUAAGCAAACAAAGUCUAUUAAGCAGUUAGAAGUUAAAACAAUGGACCUCGAAAACCAACUUAAGAGUGAGAGACAACAGAUUGAAAAUUUAAAAUCAACACAUAAAAAAGAAAUAAUAUUAUCAGGAAUAGAAAAUGAAAUGAUGAUUGAGCGAAAGAAUCAUAAAGAUAUUUUAAAUAAAUAUGAUAUUUUGCAAAAAGAACAAAUAGAUACUAAAAGUAAAAUGGCAGCAGAAAAAGAAAAACUACAAUGUUUGUUAGAAAGUAGAAAAAAAGAUACAUUAAAAGUUGAAGUGGAGUUAAAAGCAUUGAAAGAUAAAUAUAACAUUUCUAAUGACCUUUGGAACAAAGAAAAAUUGGAAAUGCAGAAAAAGGUAAAGGAUCUAGAAAUAGCUCAUUCAAAUGAUUCAUGGAUAAAAGAGAAGGAAAAUAUGAAAAAGAAUUUAGAGGAAUAUUUAAAAGAUAUAAAAUCAUUGAACAAACAAUGUGGUCAGUAUACAGAACAGAUAGAAAAACUCAAGAAAGAUAAUGAAAGUUUACAACGAAAUUUAGAUGAUUUUGAGAAGGUUGUCAAAAUCCAGCAUAGUAGGUCAAUGGAAACAGAAUUACUGGAGAAAAAUUUAAAAGAUUUGAAAAUAAAGUUAUACAAUGAAGAACAAGCUAGAAAAACAGAAGUUGCUGCUUUAAAAGUACGCUAUGACAAUCGCAUGUCGGUUCUUUCUGAAGAGUUAAAAAACAGUCAGUUUCAAACACUUAGGUUCAAAAGAGAACGUGAUUCAUUUAAACAAAUAUUGGAUUCAGCAGAUUCUAAUCAUCAAAAAGGAAAUUAUAAAAUUCAAAAUAAUGAUAACCAGAAGGAAGAAUUCCAUAUUUUACAGCAACAAGUAUCUUGUAUGGAAGAACAACUUUCAGAAGCUAGACUUGAAUGUUCAAGGUUAAAAACAGAAUUAGUAUCAGAAAAAUCAGCUUGGGAAAUAACAAAAUCAGAAAUGACAUCUUCUAUUAAUAAAUUAGAAGAAGAACGACUGUUAAAUUCAGGAAGAUCUAAAUUAACAGGUUUGAAGGCUAGAAUGGAGCUUGCAUGGCAAAAAGAACGAGAAGAGCAACAACGUCUUUUGCAAGAGACAUCAACAUUAGCUAGAGAUUUAAGACAAACAUUAUACGAAGUUGAACGAGAACGAGACAAGGAUCGUUUAGAAUCAAAAAGGCGUAUUGAUCAGCUUACAAAAAAUAUGGAGGUUGAUCAACAAGAGAAUAGGAAGAAAACUAAUGAGAUGCAAUGUGAUCUUAUGGAUUUGCGAGAUGCUCAUGCAAAGCUUAGGACAAUAAAUGAAAAAUUAAGAAAAGAAAAAGACAAAAUAGAACAAGAAUGCGAGUCGUUAAGAUUAUGCAAUGUUCGGCUAAGAACUGAUCCUCAGGUUGAAGUUAAAAUUAACAAUUUAUCACAGUUGAUCAAAAGCUUAACUAUAAUGUUAAAUGAAAACUAUGAACUGACAAAUAAAUCUAUAAACACGAUAAAUGCACCAACACCACCGGCUAGAAGAAAAUCAUCUACAUCUAGAGAAGCAUCACCAGAUUUAAAUUCCAAUCAAACACUAAAUAACAACAAUAAUGAACAAAUUAAACAAUUAUUAAAUAAAGUUAAUGAGGUGACUAAAGAAUUAGUAAUAAAUACAAAUCAACCAGAUAUCAGAUCAAAACGUGCAGUAUUUGGAGUCAGGUCAUCAUCAACAGAAAAUGAUUUCAAUGAUAAGCCUCCAAUAAGAGGUAGUUUGUACAGAAAAAGUCUUUCAUUAGAACAAAAUUUUGGGAAUACUGAUCAAGAUAUAUGGAAACGAGAUGAACGCAGCCAUUCAAGAAAUAGACUUACCAAACAACCAAACAGUUUUGACAGCCAACAAUCAAAUAGUUCUUCCAAAAGUGAUAUAGUAAGCGGAGAAAAAACUAAAAAAAAAGGACUUUUUGGGAAACUAAAGAAGUUAACUAAAAGUUCAAAAAGCUUUGAUAAUGAUAGUGAUUUGUCCUUUAAAAGCAGUUCCAGUAUUUACAAUAUUGAUGUAUCUUCUAGUAAAGAUUCUAGAGGGAAACUUAAUGAUAUGUUUAAACCUUCAACAUUACCCAACUUAAAAAAGAGAGCAAUGUCUCCGUCAAUAUUUAGAAAAUCAGAAAGUUCAAGGACAUCUCCAUCGCCAUCAGUACGUUCAGAUGAAUAUGAAGAAAUUUCUUAGAUAGGUAGUUGUUAUUAACAAUAGUAAAAUUUUUGUAGUAAUUUAUGAUCUGUUGCAUGUAAAUGCAAUUCAAUCUACUACAUUUAAUCAUCUAUAUUCUUUAUUAUUAAAAGUAUUACAUUCUUUAUGUAGUAUGUUUUACUUUUAUCUAGUGGGAAGAAUUAUUAUUGUUUGUUUAAUGUUUUGUUGCAAAUGAAAACAGUUUGAUUUUAAUUUUCUCAGUGAGCUAUUAGAUAUUAAUUACAUUUUUGUUGUGUAUAUUUCACUUAAUGUAGCCAAGACCAGCGGUAUGUGAUAAAUAUUAUAUUACAGUUUAAGACAUUAUGUUCUAUAUCGUGAACAUAUUAUUUUUUAUUUAAACUUUUUGAUUCUUAAUAAUAUGUGGAAUAUUAUUUUGAUUGUUUGGUUUAAUGACAAAUAAACAGGAUAUGGGA